AAUCUGGAAUGAAGCCAGAGGGCAAGGCUGAAGUGAGUCAUUUAAAUGCUGCAACUCAGAGAUUCACUCAGAAGACUGGACUCAAUUCUGAAGGUCGCCCAGAAGGAGAGAACAAUGUCCUCUUUACCUGUGAGUUGAAAAGGCACAACCUUCAAAAAUUUCGUGUCACAGAAACCAAGAAGGAAGUGGGAGAUUUUCUGAGAAGAAAAUAUGAGCAUUUCUACUGUGAAUGCUUUACUCAGAGUUAAUGAUGUGUGGAAUAGAAACCCUGAGGCUAUGCUAUCUGAGAUGCUUGUGGGGCUUCGCGUGUGGACCCUGGACCAGUGUGACCCUCUAUGAGCGUGAGGUGAUGUCUGAUGAGAGUAAACUCUGCUGAGAUGAUGUGACUUUAAGUGGGAGGUGGAUGACCCCCCAGGAUGAGCACGUGUGUGAAUGGAGAGUAAGGGAGUGAGUGGGCUUUGUUUCCUGUCUAUGAUGUGGAUAUGUGUGUGAGCACAGCCAGACCAGUGCAUAAGCAUCGUUAUGUGCACGUGAGCAGGUGUGUGUGACUCAGUGAGUGGCAUGGCUCUGUGUGACUCUGUGUGUGUGUGUGUGUGUGUGUGUGUGUGUGUGUGUGUGCUGGGAUGUAACUGUGUGUUGAAGUAGGAUCAUGCAUGUGGCUUUCUGCACACGUGAAUGUUUCUCCCCACACAGCAGCACCUCUGAUGUGAAUCCCAGGUGGCUUAACUGGUGGGGAUCUUGGGGAUUAUGAGUUACCAAGGACUUGUUUCAGAUCACUUAUGACAGCGGAAGGUAUGGUCAGUAGAUGUCUCUUCCCAAUAAGAGUGGGGAAGAGGAAUGCAGACUAUGAGGGCGAUGGUUUCUCAGGUGGGGUCUGCACAGAGUGACCACUGUUCUUGUCUUCCAGGCUCAGCUUACCUGUCCCCAGCCCAUCCAGUUCUUCCCAUUGUGGGACAGCAGGGUGUGCAGAUACUGGUUUGCUAGGAAAGGACAUUAGAGGCCAUGGUUUCAGAGACUGAAUCAUGUAAAGUAUCCACUGUAAGCUCUAUCUGAACUGAGACUAAACUUGUUCUCCACCCGUGAAAGAACAAGUUAAGUCUCAGUUCAGAAGGAGCUUAUGGUGGAUAUUAAUCAACCAAGCAGCUGGGUUCACUGACUCAUGGCUAUAAUCCCACCAAUUUUGGAGGCAAAGAUGAGAGGAUAACUUGAGGCCCGAAGUUUGAGACUUGUUUGGGCAUCAUAGUGAGACCCUUUCUUUAAAAAACUUUAAAUAUUCGACUGGCAGAGUGGCAGGCACCUUUCUCCCCAGCUAUUCAAGAGGGGGCAGAUGUGUGAGGGUCACUGCAGCCCAGGAGUUUGAGGUUUCAGUGAACCAUGAUUGCACCCCUGCAUGUCAGCUUGGGCGACAGAGCAAGAACCUAUCUCAAAAGUACAGAAAAAUCAUCUCAACCACUUGUAGUCGUCAUAGAAAUCAAUCAUUCCCUCCAGUUACAUCCCUGACCCACAGGCUUCAUUUGUGCAAGUACUGGGGCCGUGCUAUCAGCAAUGUGUGCCCCUUCUGGGAAGGACAUCCAUUUCCCUUGAUGACUGCAAUGCAUUUGCCUCCCACACCCAAGGGUUUCCUGUUCUUUCAUCAUUUCUCUCUCUUUCAACAAGUGUUGUUUCCCACUGGAGUGAAUGUUUACAUUCUUACAUUUACAAGUCCUAUUUUAAUUUUCAGAGUUGAGAAUGAAGGCAGGUCAGUGUUUCAGGAGGACUCCCCUGUUCUGUUAGGUCACCCCUAAGAGGCCCUACACAUGACAAGGAUUAGGGUAACACUUUUACAUGUAUUAACUCUCUAUUACAGAAAACAUCCUACAAAGUAGAAAUUCCUGAUCAUUCUCCUUGUCCUAGGGAAAAUGGGGAUGGAAGAGUUCAAGUAACAAAUCUAAGAUUGCACUGCUAGUAAAAGGCAGAAUGACGACCGGAAUCCAGGCAUCCUGGCUCCUGAAUGCUUAUUCUUACCUAUGGGUCCACCAUAUCUUCAGGAAUAUGGGGCCCUGACUGUGGUGCCAUACAAACUGCCUGUGUCUUUGUCUGUUGGUUCCUGCGUGAUAAUCAAAGGGACACCGAUCGACUUUUUUAUCAAUGACCCACAGCUGCAGGUGGAUUUCUACACUGACAUGGAUGAGGACUCAGAUAUUGCCUUCCGUUUCCGAGUGCACUUUGGCAAUCACGUGGUCAUGAACAGGCGUGAGUUUGGGAUAUGGAUGUUGGAGGAGACAACAGAUUAUGUGCCCUUUGAGGAUGGCAAACAGUUUGAGCUGUGCAUCUAUGUGCAUUACAAUGAGUAUGAGAUAAAGGUCAAUGGCAUACGCAUUUAUGGCUUUGUCCAUCGAAUCCCGCCAUCAUUUGUGAAGAUGAUGCAAGUGUCCAGAGAUGUCUCCCUGACCUCAGUGUGUGUCUGCAAUUGAGGGAGAUGAUCACACUCCCUCAUGUGAAGAAUCCCUCUUGUUGAAGGAGGAUUCUUCAACAAGAAUCCUUCAACAACAAUCCCUCUUGUUGAAGAAUCCCUCUUUCUACCUGACCAUGGGAUUUCCAGAGCCUGCUAACAAAAUAAUUUCUCGUCACAAUUUCCCCUCCACUUGGUCAUUAAAACAGCACGAAAACUCACAUGAUUUGGUUCUUGCUUUAAGAGGGGGAAAGAGGAAGUGGUCAUCCCCAAGGGGGACCAGGGUAUUCUAUGGAAGGCAUCAGGAAAUCAAAGGGGAUAAACCUUCCUGUGACAAAGGGAGUGAGUGACAAGGUCCCUGGAAUGUCUGAGAAGACAUUAGAAACAGCAUCCUUCUAUAGCACGUAGUUGACGUCAGACAGUCUGAACUAAAACACUUACCCAAUCUCAAAUGACUCAUGGCACUUACAUGUUAGGUAGCUGUUUACAGCCACACAGGUGUACGUGGUGGCUUUGGGGAAAAUCUGUAACUUGAGGAAAAUUAUGUAAAAUUUCUUAAUCUUUUCCAUUGUUCUCAGGAUGCUUACUGUGUAUGAACACUGUGCCUGGCUUUGUGUGGGCUGCUACGAAGGAACUGGAAAAAAAAUGAUGACAAGUUUUGCAUGUGAAGUUUUCAACCCAAGUAAUAGUUUAGAGAAUCACUGGAGUCCAGUGAUUUCCCUUAAAGAAUCCCAAUUAUUCUUAUUUUCAAAUAUUUGAAGAUGGUUUCACUUUAUGUGUAGAGAAUCCAGGGGUUUCUCUUUGGAAAUAAAUGGUCAUGAUUUGAGAUCAGAGAACAUAUAGAUUAUUAUUGGAAUAGACACAAGUCAUGUACAUUGACACAGUGAGCAGACCCUUAUUUGCUGCUUUUCCAGUGAUGAAUUGCAGCACAGCAAACCUCACAACACAUAUUGGCUAAAAGCAAUCAUUUAUUUUUAUUUCUCCCAGCUUGACAGGUUUACUGAACUUAAGUGAGUGGUAGAUCAUGUGACGGGAGUCACGUUUUCCGAGAGAUCUUUGAGGCUGGGAUUUCAGAGGAUGCUUCACUCAUGUCCAACUCAACACCAGGACUGGGUGAACACCUAGAAGCUGGUCAGCUAUCUCCUUCACUACCUCACCUUCCCAUUCAUGACACUGAUUUCCUUAAAUCAUGAGAGUCUCAUGGUUCUGGGACUUAAUAAAUGGUGACUGGCUUUCACCAAAGAAAGUCUUCCAAAAGGCUCAUGGAGAUGGUGUAUGGCAUCAUAGGACCUACCUUUGAAUGGCAGACAGUGUCACUUCUAUGGCUUUACAUUGAUCAAUAUGAGUCAAACAGACAGCCCUAAUCAGAAGGAGAGGACUCCACAAGCUGUGGUUAUUGUGACUGUAGUCAUAAGGAGCCAUCCUUGGCAACUAGUUCCACUCACAACUACUUCCUGCACACCAAAAACACUAACCCUGUAAGAAAUCUCUGAAGGCAUUACAAUUAUAAAAACAGGCUCAGAGUAAAGUGCAAUAUCUUAUCUGAUCAGGAUGUGGUGUCUAUGAUGUGACUACAAAUUAUCACUUGCAAUCUCCCACAACAUGUGCACCAAAGGGACACAAAAUCUGCUUUAUACAAAUCAAAGAAGACUGAAAGAGACAGGAAAAAUGCAAUGAACACAUAUAUUUUAGAGGGGCAAAAUAAAAUAGACAGCAAUCCAUAUUUUUACUGAAACCAACCAGACACCUAUUUUCAUUUUCUCUGGGAAUGUUUCUCUGUAGCACUUGUCCUCACCCUCCAUUCUCAGCUUCUGGAGUUCCUACCAAGAUGGUAGAAUGACAGCCCUUUUCCCACCACAAGAGCUGUGAUUAUCUACUUCAUAGCAUGUAUGAAAAACCACUUACAAGAAGAGAAACAAUAUAUCACCUAAAAAUCAAUGAAACCAGAAUGAAGAGAGUCCCACCAAAUAGCCUCUUUGUUUGCAAGAACCAUCUCAGGUGUCAUUUUCUCUCCCCAUGUUCAUUGCAACAGUUUCUGCAACUCCAACCUCUCUCAUGGGUAUGCCUCUCUCCUCACCCCUCAUUUAACCUAACAUCCAGACACUCUGAGGUGCCAACGCACAGUGAAUGACACUCUUCAUGCCUCUCUUCCUUGUUUCAUUCCAGGAUGGAAUAAAAUUCCCUGCCCUCUCACUGGAAACUCUUGUGUUCUGAUGAGGUACACUCUCCUCAUUACACCUUCCCUGUCACAGUCUUGAUCACUUCUCUUUUUGAUAAUGGAUCAUAGACCCUAUCACCAGCAUGGAAUUCAUUUCUUGUGGAAUUAUACAGUUUGUGCUCUGAGAGGAUGAAACCUAUCCUGGAACCCCUGGCUUCCUGAGCAGAAAAUGACUUGGAGUUUAUAUCUACUUGCUGCUUGCCUGGCAUCCGUUUUAUUUGAAUAACCAACAGAGACCUAAAUUCCAGCCCUGUUAGGUAAACACACAGUGACUGCCCUUUCUUGAAUGAUAUUCACCAGCUCAGUGCGCUUCCUAUGGGCCAUUCAUUACAUUCAUUUUUAUUCAGCUACUACUCUGUGCUCAUGGUAGCCAGGAAUGAUAUCUCAGAUACAAAGAGAUGACAUAGAGUCCAGGGCCAACGUUCAAACUAACAAUUUUUGAAUUGCCUCUGGAAACCUAUUCAACAUCUUUCUUCAUCCUGCUCAAUCCAAAUUCAUGAUCUUCUCCCAGCAAAUAGGGCAUUGCUCAAGAAGGAGAAAGCCAUUUCUGAACUCUAAAGCUUCCUCAUCUCAGAGAUCUUUUGGUCUUCCCAGUUACUGCUAAAGCUCCCAAAGAAUAAAUAUACUCUGUGAUAAUAUUGCCCUUGAUGUCCAAUUCCCACAGCAUUGCUAUUCCUCUGGGAUGCCAUCUGUGAUGCUACUAAACAUUGGUGUAUGUGGGCCUCUAUUUGCAAGUGAGGGGCCAAGAACGUGGAAUAAAAGAGAAAUUUAAAAAUUUUUCCUCAAUUUAUUUUUACUAUUUUUAUUUUAAGUUCAAGUGUA